UGCCGCAGCUGACUUCCGGUUUCCCUUACAGGUUGGAACCCGGUUUGAAGAUGGCGGAAGAUUUCGGCUUCUUUUCCUCAGACAACGGCACCACGGGCAGCGCCGAGGAAGACCCGGCCGCCGCCUUCCUGGCGCAGCAAGAGAGCGAGAUUGCUGGCAUCGAGAACGAUGAAGGCUUCAGUAUCCUGGACGGGGGAGAGGUACCGCCGGCCUUACAACCUCACUCACACGACGCUGGAGGUGGUUUUGAAGAGGACUUAUCUGCUGUUAAUGGAGAAGUAUAUCAGGAAUCAAAUUGUCCAAAUGAUAGUUAUGCGGCAAUAGCUCGAGCAGAUCGCUUGAGCCAGGAACCUGAGAGCAUUCGAAAAUGGAGAGAGGAGCAGAUAACUCGCCUAGAAGAUCUUGAUGCUGCUUCUCGAAAAGCAGAAAUGGAAUGGAAAGAGAAGGCAAGAAAGGAACUAGAAGAAUGGUAUGUUCGACAGAAUGAGCAGCUGGAGAAAAUAAAAAAGAAUAACAGAGCUGCUGAAGAGGCCUUCGUCCAGGAUUGUAAUGAAGAUACACCUGGAACAGAAUGGGAGCGAGUGGCACGCCUUUGUGAUUUCAAUCCCAAGACCAACAAGCAGUCAAAGGAUGUAUCACGUAUGCGUUCUGUACUGAUAUCGCUUAAGCAGUCACCAUUAGUCCGCUAGACAGAUGUUACUUAGCACUAUGGUGUGGGCUUUCUUACUAGCUCCUAGUUGGAUCCCACAAAAAUUGACGGCCAUUAGAAUAGAAGGAUGAGUGUUAGUCAUUCCUGUUUGGACCAAACCAUUGUAAAUUACAAGAUCUGAAGUGUUUAAGUGACUUCUUUUCCUUUCAACUAUUUGUGUGGUUUAUUGCCAAUUUCUUGAGUUAUUGGGCAGUCCAGUAAAAUGGUUGCCCUCAUACACUCCUGAAUCUCAUAUAAUGUUCAACCUUCUCAAUUAUUGAUAUCCCCACACUGUCCUUGUGCUGCAUCACAUGACUAUUUAUGCAUGAAUUAUGAGUGCAAUCUAUUGGCCCUUGUUUAAAAAUCAUGUUGACUAUGCUGUUAUACAUUAAAAGUUAAAUAUUAAAA